AAUUUUCUGAAAUGAGACGUUACUUAAAUAGGAGAAAUUAUGUGUAAUCUCCUAACAUCAGCUAUGGAGACUAAAGUAACUAGCAAGACCAGCAGUUUGAAAGCUCUUUUGUUAAGGGCAUGGAGGGAACGUUGGAGUGAUUUACAAUGGGGUAUUAAUAUUAAAACAAUUUUACCACGAGGUGUUAGUGGAGAUGUAUAUAAUUUAGCAGACUGUAUAUUACAGCAAGCAUUAGUAGGACUUGGCCCAAAUCAAUUAGUAUUGUCAUACUUGAAACACUCUUUGAGUUCUCAGUUGGUCUCUUAUGCUGCUGUCUUACAACGAAUAAGCAAAUAUGAUGCCUUUCAUAAACCCCACUGUAUCCUAAGUUUACUAGAAUUCUUAGAAUCCAUUCAAGUAGGCAUUACUUGCCGUGGUAAACCUGAGGAAGAUCUCUUGGCAGCUGCAGUAUUGUCAAUUGUGCACUGGUUGCUACAGUGUUAUCUACACACAUUAACUAAAAUGCCCCAGAACAGUCCAUUGACUCCUCAACCAACAGAGUUGAUGGAUAAACCAGCCAGUAUAUUGAAACAGAUGCUCAGUUCCAAUUUUCUCUGUGCUAUGAUGUACUUAGCCAAAUAUGAUGACAAAGAUUUGUAUAUAGAAGUUGUGAAGAAGUGUCAAGAAAUUGAAGCACUAUUGAAGACCAGUAGUUUAAAGUCCUCUGUUCCUAUAGAGGAAUCCCUGAAGAAACUGUGCAAUUUGGAGGUGGAUUGUCUGGCUCUCUCUCCAGAGAUGACACAAAUGGAAUCAAUAACUCACUGCUUGCAGCCAUUGUUCGCUGUUCAAGUGUUAUUAAACCCUAGCACGGAAACGUCCGUGUUCGUCAAUCAGAUGCUGAUGGUCCAAAGACUUAAGAAUUAUACCAACGCGAGACUGUAUUGCGAGAUAAUUCGCGCGUGUUUAAUGUGUCUGCAUAACGUUACGAACACGUUCAAAGAGUCACAAUGGGGUGCAUUCACGUUUCUAAAAGUGCCCCUUAUUUUAAAAGAGUUACACGUUGCACAUUCGAACGGGGAUGACAAACCAUGCGAAUAUUCCCAAGACAUUCUGGACUCUUUCGAACUGUUACUUCAAUUCACUCCCCUCCUCGACAUAAUGGACACCGCGUGUUCUUGUAACAGUGUAGAGUGUUUGUUGAACGCUUUGCAAAAGGUAAAUUUAGUCACGGAGAAACAGGCGAAACAAUUGAGCAGCAGGAGAGAUGGUAUAGCUGCAACACUGCAGAAAUUAGAGCCUUCCACGACCACGCCUUCCAUUCCAAAAGUGAUCGUACGCGCCGAGCCCACUUUGUCCGGAAUUUUGAAAACACUGAACGCCGAUUACAUAAAGAUUCACGAGGCGUUGCUGAGCAUGCUGUAUCAGGUUCUAACCGGGAAGAGUUUCGAGUUAAUAAUGGCCGUGGCCACCGUCGAGGGCAAGCUGAAAACCUUCGUUACCAAAUUGAUUAAGUUCAACGAGUGCAGCAAGCAGGUGAACGAGCCGGUCCCACCAAAGACAGCAGCGACUAGGGGCAUGUUGUUCGACGUAUCAUUCCUAAUGCUGUGUUCCAUAGUGCAAACCUAUGGGUCUGAUGCUGUUUUAGAAGAAGGAGGAGGAGACUCGUUCUUCGAGCAAUGGGUGCGUGAGUGUAUGCCUGAGAGAAAUCAGCCGAAAUCACCUCAAAAAAUGUUGCAAAAUAUCGACCCGGCAAGGGUGGAUGCACUGUUGGCGCAAAUCAAUUCUCCGGACCCUGAUUUCAAAUCCAGUAACAUUAAAUGGCACAUCGCGUGUCAGUCAGCCAUGGGUGCUGUGAAAGAGUUGCUUUGUGCGUGGGAGAGUGACGUUCUUGGGGCCAGCGAUGUGAAAAGAGCCUUGGACGGUCUGCGUGCGACUACUUGCUGUUUGCCAGUCUGUGCUGCAGCUUGGCUUUGUGCAUACAUGAGCAUUACUCAUCAGGAUGCUCUAUUGAAGCCUAUGAACAUGGUUCAGCAUUUCUUGACACCUCUUCCUGGGGACGAGAUGCAGGACAAUUUGAAGGAACGUUCGAGUUUGAUGUCUCAGAUUAUUCGUAAGAUGCAGUACGAUGUUCAUCCUCCUACUCAGUCGAAAACAAAGGUUCUUUCCAUGUCCCACAGCAUCAUAUCGAGACAACCAAUAUUAGAGCAACUAGAGACCGUGUGGAGAAACAUCAAUCAACGAGGGUGGAUCGAUUUCCAAGCGACUCAAUCUUUGGAGUCUUUGUUAAGCACCGGUGGUUCCUUGUGGUUCGUCACGAAUAUAGUGAAGGAGGUGUUGAAGUAUCGUUACCAGGAGGAGCUGGAUCAAGCGGUAGAUCUAGCAUUCGCCAUUUUCCAUCUCGACAUUGAGAACUGUACCUUAGAUCUCAUCAACCAUAUCAUUCCACAAUAUUUAUACAACUCAUUACAAAGUGAAGAGCUCGUAGAACCACAGUCCUCAGUGUUAGCCAAGUUGUGCGUGUACUGUACAUUUUCCACGUUAGAGUACAACAAUUCCAAUCCAAGUCGUGGGAAUAACAGAAAACGAGUGCGUCGAGAUUUGGACGCGGACGAACUAGAUGCACUUGGAGUUCCAAACAAAAUUCUGCGAUUGAACGAAGCAGGAGACUCUAAUCCAAUAUUUGGCUCUCAGAGUCCGCAAGCACAAGGAUCGACCAAUGGACAGAAAUCUGUCGUCUUGAGAGAUCCUCUUUUGUCAGCUUUAAACGGUUUAUUCACGAUAUUCACGUUUCUGGCUGGCAGAGAUGGCGAAGUGUCACAACAGACUCAUUUUAUACUACAGUUUCUACGUUUGAUGGUGCAAUGCGGCAAAGACAGGACCCGUAUCGUCUUACAAGGGAUGCCACAGACAUUGGUGCCCUGCCUUUUGAAAGCACUACCAGAAUUAUUCACGACUGAUAUUCUAUUGAGAUUCUACGACAUACAGACAGCAGCUGGACGAAAAGCUACGGCGCGUGACUUGUGCAUGCUGAGGAAUAUCAAUCUGAAGCCCACCAAGUGAAUUUUUCGAUUUUAUAGGACGAAUUAAAUACGAACAAUAGU